UUGAGUGAAUUGUCUGUCAGACCACCCGAUGAGACGCCCGAACAGAGGAGACAACGAAAGUGUGAACUCAAGGAAUACCGAAAAGAGCGACGACUGGAGAAGAAGGCCAACAAAGAGGCGUUUAAAUCGGAAAAUAUAAGACUCCAUAAAGAAUUAGUGUCCGACGAGUCAAUGGAUGGCAAUAGGGAUGAGAGCGAGAAGUGUAUCCAAUUGGCGAAGAUCUUCGCGGCCAACAGUGAGACUCAGAAAGCCAUCAAAUACUUGAUUAAAGCCCAACGACUCUAUCCAUCGCAAGUGGCCAACGAUCUAUUAGAGAAGUUACAGAACGAAGACAGCGGUGAGAGAGUGGAUGAAACGGAUCCACAACCGGAGUCGACGCCGGGCGAGCCGUCGGGACCGCGAUCUCGGUCUCGAUCUAACAGUUUUGGCCGAAACGGUGACAAAUCUAAUCUAAACAGUAACUCAAACGCGGGUUAUAGUCAGCCCACG